UGGUGUGUGUGUUUUGUGUUAACAAGCUAGUAGUCUCCUUCAAGCACUCUCUGUGCACAGAUAAAGCACAAGUGGGUCUCAGCAUGAAUAACACACAUGUCAUCACGCUUGUGAAGAUUCACAAUAAGACUGGGGCCACUGUAACAUAUUUUACCAACAAAGAUUUUUCUGGGGCAUUAGCUCCACAGAGCAAAUAUCCAGCUCAAAUAGAAAAUGGCGAGUACGAUUUGUUUGAGCAUGAGGGACCUGCUGGAGACAAUGCUGGAUCGUGUGGAGCGGUUGUGUAUUCGGUCACAAACAAGGAUGGGAAAGCCAGUCAUUGGAUGUUGUCUUGGUCCAACCCAACCGGUGAGAACUAUAAGGUCUUUACUGAGAUUACUGGACAAGGUCACUAUAAGCCGAACCCCAACGACCCUAUUUGGCAUAAUGUCCAUGCAGAGUUGAGCAAGUCUGGCACCACCAGUUCAUCUGACUGGAAUGGCUGCCACUCAUCUAUGACAUCUAUUCGUAGUAAUGAUGUGCCAAACCGCGUAGAUGUGGAUGCAACAGUGACACUAGCCACAGCCAAGGCCUAAGAAGUUGCGAUCUGCGACCCAGUCAUACAUGAUGAUAUCUUUUGGAGUAGUGUGUGGAGUAUUAAUGUCUUUCAUAUGGCAGUGUGUAAUAAAUAAUUUUCCCUAUGGGAAGCUUCCCCUUGUAAAUUAGUAAGCAUGUUAUAAUUAUAAAUAAUGUCAUCUUCAUGUGCUGAAAUGACUGGUAACUAAAUGUAAUGUUUGUAUCAUUUGAAUUCAAUAAACAAGAGAAGGUUUCCCCUUCUCAGUUGUGUGCCAA